AUGGAGAACUGCGGUGGAGCGCAGCGCGCCAUCUCAGCGUGUUUGGAUAGAACGAGAGCUCAGCGGCUGGGCAGGAAUGCGCUCGCACCCACUGCAACUGUGGAGCACUGUGCAGUGUGCCACUCCAAGAUCCAAGGAGGCUGCGUCUCCUGCUCCAGGGUCCAAGGAGGCUGCGUCUCCUCCUACAGUAUCCAAGGAGGCUGCGUCUCCUCCUUCAGUAUCCGAGGAGGCUGCGUCUCCUGCUCCAGGGUUCAAGAAGGCUGCGUCUCCUCCUCCAGUAUCCAAGGAGGCUGCAUCUCCUGCUCCAGGGUCCAAGGAGGCUGCGUCUCCUCCUCCAGUAUCCAAGGAGGCUGCGUCCCCUGCUCCAGGGUCCAAGGAGACUGCGUCUCCUCCUCCAGUAUCCAAGGAGGCUGCGUCUCCUGCUCCAGGGUCCAAGGAGGCUGCGUCUCCUCCUCCAGUAUCCAAGGAGGCUGCGUCUCCUGCUCCAGGGUCCAAGGAGACUGCGUCUCCUCCUCCAGUAUCCAAGGAGGCUGCGUCUCCUGCUCCAGGGUCCAAGGAGGCUGUGUCUCCCGCUCUAGGUUCAAAGGAGGCUGUGUCUCCCGCUCCAGGUUCCAAGAGGGUCACAUUGCGAAGCUCUCCAGCUGCCCUGCCAGCAGUAGACUACCCAACUGCCUAGCCAGCUUCUGA